CCACGUGACCUUGCAGACGACCUCUAAUUUGCCAUUGCCAUCUUACGAUCCGUCACUGACCGAUUGACCAAAAAGUGAUACCCUUGGCCGUUGAGAAGAAUUAGGGUUCAAAUUCGAAUUACAUACCCGCGGGUGAAACUUUACAAAUAGAACUGUUGAAAAUUAUCAACACCGUAGAGAUGUUACGCACCACAACGAGCCUCCGAUCCGAUCUGGUGCGCGUCACGUUUCGAAAUGUUGUACGGACGAAUGUCGUACGAUGUUUGGCAGUCGAAUGUAUUCACAGAAAACAUCUGCAAAGGCCUCAGUUAUGUCACAGCCCUCGUGCAGUGACAGCAUGGACACAGCAGUUGAGGUUCUACGCAGAUUAUCCGGAUCACGUGUCCGUUAUGCUACCCGCUCUCUCACCUACCAUGGAAACUGGGUCUAUAGUUAGUUGGCAUAAGAAAGAAGGUGACAAGCUGAACGAAGGUGAUCUCCUAGCUGAAAUUGAAACUGACAAAGCCACAAUGGGAUUUGAAACUCCGGAGGAAGGCUACCUGGCAAAAAUAAUCGUGCCUGCUGGUACUAAAAAUGUUCCGAUUGGCCAACUUGUUUGUAUCAUUGUUUCCGAUGAGGCGAGCGUUGCGGCUUUCAAAAACUAUAAAGCUGAUGGAGCAACAGCUGCUCCAGCAGCAUCAGCCUCGCCUCCGGCUCCAGCAGCUCCAGCUUCAACUGCCCCAGCAGCGGCUGCUCCAGCCCCAACUCCGACUCCAGCUCCAGCUGCUACAGCAACCCCUACAUCUAUGUCUGGUGACAGGGUCUUUGCAAGUCCGUUAGCUAGGCGGCUUGCAGGUGAAAAGGGGCUCAGUUUACAAGGUCUUAAGGGUUCAGGAUUAUACGCUUCAGUGACUUCCAAAGACCUUGCAGGUGCUUCUGCUGCAGCUCCCUCUUCGUCUGUUGGCGCGCCAACUUCAGCACCUGCAGCUGGAGGUGUAUACACAGAUAUUCCAGUGUCAAAUAUCCGAGGGGUAAUAGCAAAACGAUUGCUUGAAAGCAAACAGAAUAUUCCACACUAUUAUUUGACAGUUGACAUUAAGAUGGACGCUGCCUUACAAAUGAGGGAACAAUUCAACAAAAUGUUAGAAAAAGAUCAAGUGAAACUUAGCGUAAAUGACAUCAUCAUCAAAGGCAUCGCAAUGGCUUCGAAAAAAGUUCCUGAUGGCAACACUGCUUGGCUUGGGGAUGUCAUUAGACAGUAUCACAAUGUGGAUGUAAGCGUCGCUGUAAGUACAGACAAUGGUCUUAUCACUCCGAUUGUAUUCGCAGCUGACACAAAGGGUAUUGUACAAAUCAGCAAAGAAGUGAAAGCUUUGGCAGCAAAGGCGAGAGAUGGGAAGCUACAGCCUAACGAAUUCCAAGGUGGAACGAUUACUGUAUCAAACUUAGGAAUGUUCGGUAUUAAAACCUUCUCCGCAAUCAUAAAUCCACCACAGUCCAUCAUUCUGGCUGUUGGUACGACCGAAUCUCGAUUGAUUCCAGCGAAAAACGAAAAAGGAUUCGAAACUGCAAACUUCAUGAGCGUUACAGCCAGCUGUGAUCAUCGCACUGUGGAUGGAGCGGUUGGAGCUCAAUGGCUCACAGCAUUCAAAAGUUUCAUGGAAAAUCCAACGACGAUGCUCCUAUAAAGAAUCAAUGUGCUGAGAAAUUACACUCAUCAAUUCUACAAGCCUACUUUAGAUCAUCCCUAAGAGCCAUCAUGGGGUAUGCGACAAGUGGAUUGUCCUGUGUACAUUUUUUGUGGAUAAUAACAUUUAAUUGAUUUUGCGGAUCACUUAAGUAGCACCAAUUUUAUAACAUAAUUUUCCAGCUUGCAACACUGUAGAUUACUUUGCGUGUAAAAUAAGUUUGCUUCGCGAUAAGUAUAUACCUAUGUUACAUACGUAUGUAUGUACUAUUCCGUAGAUUUGAAAAUGUACAAAAGAAUACACAAACUGAGUUAUAUUCGCCGUCGUUAAAUGUACUCGUUCAACUGUUGAACGCAUCUACGAACGUAUGUAUAGCGCGAUAAAAAUGUUAUUUCCUAUUAUUUAUAUAGAUCAAAUCAGUUUAGUAUCCUCAGGUAACUGAUACAGAAUAAACAUGUACAUACUUGAUGUUGCCAAUCUUUUCGUCCUCCUAAUACGGUAAAUGUUGGCACUGAGAUGAUAAUGUUUAAAACAUUAAAAUCUAAAUAGAUGAAAAUUAAUGCUACUGUGCAAAGUAAAUAGAUAGUUAAGUAAUCUAAGUAUUUAAUAAAUUAUACAAUAUCAAUA